AUUUUUUUGGUAAAAAAAAAGAGAAACCGUCAUCUCUUGUCUCUUUUCUUCUCAUGAAGCAUCAUCAUGAUGGACAAGGCAAACGCCUAGUGUAUAUAUUCAUAUAAAAAAAAAAUAAAUAAAUCAUAACAAAUAUAAAAAAUUAAUAUCUUCCAUAAGUUAAUUGUUGUUUGAAAUAACCUUAGCAUUAGGCAUGAAAUAUUUAUACUAGCUAAGUCUUCCAUUAAAAAUAGAAUUUUCCAAUAAAAAAAAAAAAACAAUACUAGUGCAUUAAAAUUGUGAAAUACAGGAUGAACAAAAUGCUGAUAAAUUUAGUGAUUAUGUGAACAUAAAAUUUUGAUAUUUAUAAAGAAAAAAAAAAUAUGAGUGAUGUGAGAAUGGAGGAACAAGAAGAUAAAACUCAAUCAACAACAACAAUAAUUACACCAGUUAUAAAAGAUGAACCAGUAGAUUCAGUAAAUCAAGAUGUACAAAUGCCAUUAACAAGUGUAAAUGAAGAUGACAAUGAUGGAAGAAUAUGUACACCAGAAAGUCAAGCAAAUGAUGCUGUACGUGGAUUUUUAUCAAAAUGUAUAUUUUGUUCAAAAAUAUUUAAUUCUGAUGAUGAAGCUAAACUUCUUGAGUGUCUUCAUGCAGCAUGUAGUCCAUGUAUUAGCACAAAAUUAAGAGAUCAUAGUCUUUAUGUUGAUUCUGAAGUUGUUGUUGAAGGUAAUAUUGUUAUUUGUCAAGCAUGUAAUGUUGAAAGUCAAAUUGAUAAUCUUAUUGAUAAUAAAUUUAAUGUAAAAUUUAUUGAUGAUGAUUCACAUACUGAUGAUGAUAGUAAAGAAAGUGAAGAUGAAAAAAUAUGUACAAGUUGUCAUGAUAAUGCAACAGCAACAAGUUGGUGUGAUAAUUGUGAAGAAUUUAUUUGUCAAAAUUGUGUUGAGGCACAUCAAAGAUUAAAAAUAACAAAAGAACAUACAAUUAAACCGAAAAAUGAAAUGUCAAAUUGUAAUGAUACUCCAAAAAAAAAUAAAAAAUUAUCAUUAUAUUUAUUUUGUUCAGUACAUACACAUGAACAAUUAUCAUUGUUUUGUCAAACAUGUGAUAGAUUAACAUGUCGUGAUUGUCAAUUAACUGAUCAUAGAGAUCAUAAAUAUAAAUUUACCCAUGAAAUUGCAACUGAAACAAGAGGUUCAGUUGCAAAAUUACUUAAAGAAGUUACAUAUAAAAGGGUAUUAUUAAAAAGUGCUAUGAAAGUUAUUGAAGAUAGACAAGUAUUAAUAUUGGAAAAAAAAAAAACACUUGUACAAGAUAUAACACAAAUGGUUGUACAAUUAACAAAUGCAAUAAAUACAAGAGGUAAACAACUUGUUAUGAGAUUAAAUGAAGUAUGUGAUCUUAAACAAAAUACUCUUAAUGAAAAAAAAAUUGCACUUGAUCAAUUAUCAAAAUUAACUGAUCAUUGUAUACAAUUUGUAAAUUAUGCAUUGGAUAAAGGAUCUGAUAUGGAAUUAUUAUAUAGUAAAAAAUCAGUAACUGGUCAUUUACAAAGAAUUAAAAAUCGUCGUGCUGAUAUACCAAAUCCUGAAAUACCAGUAAGAAUUAAUUUAUCACUUGAAAAAGUACAAGAUUUAAUUAAAGUUGUUAGUUCAAUUGGUGCUAUUGUUGUUGAUGGUAGAGUAUAUCCAUCAGUAUCACCAUCAUCAAGAACAAGUACACCAACAACACCAUCAAUUGACAUACAAGAUGCUAUUAAAUUAUCAUCACCUAUUGCUGGCAAUAAUACAUCAAAUACAUCUGAUUGUCCAAUUUUACCAAUGGCACCACAACAAAUAACAACAAUUGCACAUGGUAAUACAUAUUCAGGUGUACAAUUAACAUUUACUAAUCCACAAUUACAACAACAACAACAACAACAAUCACAAACACAAGUUAAUUUAAUGCAACAACCAAGUUCACCAAUACAAUCACAAAAUUAUUUACCACCACAUUAUACAAAUCAUUCAAUGCCACAAAAUAGAACAUCACCACAGGCACCACAACUACAACAACCAAGAAUGCCUUAUAAUAUAAGUUUUAAUGGUAAUAUAAGACAACAAUUAUUAUUACCACAACAACGACCAAUGGGACAACAACAAGUAACAUCAUCAACACAUCCACAGCAACAACAACAACAGCAGCAACAACAAGCACAACAACAAGCGCAACAACAAGCACAACAACAACAACAGCAACAAAUGCAUAUUGAUCAUCAACUUAAUCAAAAUGCUAGUUUACGAGGCCUUUUAGCACCAUUUCAAAGAUCAAUUAAUCCUAAUCAUAAUAUGGCUUAUAGAUUACCACCAAGUUAUAGAUAUCCAGCUGGUAAUCCACAAAUUAGAGCAUCAAUGUCUCAUACUUAUCAGCCAACAAAUCCAGCAUUAGUAUCUGGUGGUAGAGUACAACAAAUACCACAAGGACAAUUACCAGGUUAUCCAAUUCAACAAUCACCAGUAACUGCAGCAGUAACAGCAACAGCAACAACAGCAUCAAUAGCAGCAUCAGCAUCGUCUGCAGCAGCAAGAUGGCAUAUACCACAAGGUGCAAAUAAUACAAUGCAAUAUUAUAAUCAACGACAACCUCAUCAACAGCAACAACAACAGCAGCUGCAGCAGCCACAACUUCAACAGCAACAAUCACAACAAAAUCAACAAUUAUUACAACAACAGCAAUUACAACAACUACAACAACAACAAUAUCAGCUACAACAAUUACAACAAUAUCAACAACAAUCUUCACUACAAAUACCCAGUGCUGGUACACCAAAUGAUGCAUUUAAAAUUAUUUUAAAAUCACAACAAAAUAAUAUUAUGCCAAAAAACAUAUCAGGGGGUGGGACGGUCGUCACUGAUGCUUCAUCAUUGUCCAUUGGACAUCGACUUGGACAAGCAGUAUCUUCAUCAGUGCCGAAAACCCCCAGUCCGAUCCCAGGUAAAUCAGAUGAAACAGAAAAAAGAUUAGAUAAUUUUUGUCAAAAAUCAUUAAAUGAUCUUUUACAAACAAUUGCUAAAUUAGAUUCAAAUGGUAUUGUUAUUAUACCAGAAGAACAAAAAAAUCAUUUAGAUUCAUCACAUGUUGAUAGUUCAACAGAUGAAGGAAUCAAUAAUAAUAUUGGUGAAAAUACUGGUGAUAUAUCAAAAGAUGAACAAAUAACAAUGACUAAAGAUGAUCCAAAUGAGGAUUGGUGUGCUGUUUGUAUGGAUGGUGGUGAUGCUGUAUUAUGUUGUGAUAGAUGUCCAAAAGUAUUUCAUCUUUAUUGCCAUAUACCAAGUUUAAAUACUUUUCCAGAUGAAAGUGAAACUUGGCAGUGUAUGUUGUGUACAAAUAUUCUUGAUUGUACCGAGAAUUCAUCACAAUCAGAUAAACGUUCACACACAAUGAAUCCAAAAGAUUUGAGAAUUGCUCAACGAAUUGUACUUGAACUUUAUUGUCAAUAUGAACAAAGUUUACCAUUUCGUGAAGUUGUUUCAUAUGAGAUUACAGAGUAUCACAAACUCAUAAAAAAACCAAUUGCCUUGGAUGUCAUUAGAAAAAAACUAAGACACGAUGAUUCAAAUUCUUAUACAGAUUUACGUGAAGUUUUGGCUGACAUUAGACUGAUGUUUAAAAAUGCAUACACAUUUAAUCCAGUGGACUCUCAAGUAUACAAAGAAGCAAGAAAUCUUGAAGAAUUUUUUGAAAAAUUAUUAGUUAAAUGGGCACCAGAUUAUGCCAUUGAAUAUCCAUCAUUAACACUUGAUGAUGAUGAAGAAGUAUUUCCUCCAAAUAGAAAAUAUCGUCGUAUAAUUAAUGACUAAAAAAACAAAAAUUAUAGUUAUAUUUCAAUCAAAUCAUUUUAUUAAAAUUUAAAAUUAAUUUGGCAAUUUCUCUCUUUCAAAAUCAUCGAUUUUUAUUAUUAUCAAGGUAUUAUGGUAAUUUUAUAAAACUUUUAUUCGGUAUUGCAGUCAACAUGACAAGCAAAUUUAAUUGCAAUGAUAAUUUAAGAAUAGGAAGUUUAAAUUUACUGAAAAUACGUACUACUAAUUUUCAAUAACUUUGAUUACUUUCAAUUAUUUUAUUUACUUUUUUUGUUUUUUUUUUCUUUAUUCUUUUCCUCAAAAUAAACGCUUAAAGUUAUUUUUUUUAUUUAAAAAAAAAAAAAGAAAUUAAUUUUGUUCUUACUCGAAGCAAUCAGAAAUUUAAUCGUUGUUCAAAGUUUUUAUCAAGUAGCCUAGUGGUGUUGGUACUUGUUUAUAAAAUCAUAAUUUUUUGUUAAAGAAAAUAUAAGAAAAAAAAAAAUUAAAAAAAUAAUAAUUGUUAAAGAAUGAAU